AUGUGCUCCUGUGGUCGACUUGGCGUUGGCGAAACUUGUCGACCGAUCCACCAAAGAUUAGCAGAGCACAAAAAUGCUUGUAAGGGCAGCUGUGUCGAAUGGUCAGAAGUGGAGGAAUAUAUGAUGGAGACUGGGCACGAGGUAGAAUGGUCUCGUACGCAGAGAUUUGUUGAUUAUGGUAUGUCUGCUACUAAACGCAAGAUACGGGAGGUUAUUGAAAUUAACAGAUUAGGGAAUGGUGGUAGACAGUUGAGUAAGAAUUUCUUAUGCUUGAUUGAACGAUUGAAAGAUGGUGUUGAGUCGCCGUCCAAAAGAAGACGACUCAAUUUGUCAGCUGAGUGA